AGAUCCCCCCAGGAUAUCCAUUCCAGUCCCUGCCUCCCUCCUUUGGAAGACACUAUCCCUACCUCCUCCAGCCCACCGCCGCAUCUGAUGCGGAUGGCCUGGCUCCUGACGUCCCGCUGCCUGCCGAAGGCUCUGAGCACAUGGAGCUUUCCCCAGAGGUCAAGCCCAUCCACCUGUCUCCGUCCAAAAUGCUAGAGCCCAUCCAAGCAGCAGCAGAAGAGGAGUCCUUGGAAGAGAGAGUGAAAUCAGAGGUGCAGAUGGAGGAAAACCAAGAAGGCAUCUGUGAGCAGGACAUGGGGACUCUGAACAUCACCACCUCUGCAACUGUCCCAGUGCAGAAUGUGGACAAUUGCAAUCUCCUAUUGCAUCAAGGUGAAGCCCUGGGUGCUAUGGAGCAGGACCAGGAAGACCUCCAGAGCUGCCCACCUCCUUACCAGGUUGUGGCCUGCCCCGCAGAAACAGAGGCUCAGGCAGAGACUGGGAGCGGAGCAGAAACCUGCUCUGUGCACAUGGACUAUGACGGUUCGCUCGUGCACGCAGAGAACGAGCCGCCUGAGAUGGACUUGACGCCCCAGCGGGAGGAGGCCUCUGUAGCCAUGGAUCUGCAGAGCGCUGAUGUGCCCCGGGGGAGGGAGUUUCCCAACCUGCCCCCUGAGGAGGGGGAGCAGAGGCCAGAGAUCCCUUCCUACACGGAAGAGGCAAUCUCUUGCCAAAUCCCAGCUCUGGACAUCAAGCCAGGCGACCCGCUGGCUGGGAUGAAUGCUUUGGUGGCUGCCACAGAAAUGCCUCAGGCUUGUUCCUUGUUGACUACCGCCAGCGUCACUCCAUCCCAGAUGAAGGUGGAGGUGUUACCUGACCAGGCCUUGGAGCACUCCUUCCUGCAAGGGAUCACUUUGCUGAGUGAAAUUGCAGAGAUGGAGCUGGAGAAAAGGAAGCAAGAAAUACAAAGUCCAGAGAGUUUCCCUGUCCGGCCAACACUGGAGAGUUUGCUGGCUGCCAGCACCCACAUGCUCAUGGAAGUACUUUCCACCCCCUUUAUGGAAAGUCUGAAAACCAUCCGGCUGCCUCGAGAGCUGAAUCCCAACAAAAAGUACAGCUGGAUGCAGAAGAAAGAUGAACCCAUGUACUCCAUCAAAUCGGCCAUCGAGAACAUGGAUGCAAUGGAGCUGGACUACAGGAUGAGGCUGGCGGAGCUGCAGCGCCGGUACAAGGAGAAGCAGCGUGAGCUGGUGAAGCUGCAGCGCCGCAGGGACUCCGAGGAAAAGCAUGACGAGAAAAGUAGAAGCUUGGCGAGAAGAGGCCCUGGAAGGCCCAGGAAGAGGAAACUUGGAUCAAGCGCUCUGUCACCCAUUAAGGAGAGAGGGAAGAGUGACAGCAAGAGUGGAAAACUGAGCAAGUCCUUGUUGCUCUCCGAAGAUUCCGAGACUGGUGAGGGCAUGAAGAAGAGGCACAAAGGCGCCCUCCCAGAGGAGGACGAGGAUGUGGAGAGCAGCAGUGGCAAGAUGAAAGGGAGGAACCAGAGCUGGGAAGAGCAUGAUGUGGCUCCCAGCUUCUCAAACGAGUUAAAGCUCAAGAAGAAGAAGGUACCAUCGGAUCAGGAGCAGUUGGCCAGCAAGCUUGACAAGGCCCUGUCGCUCACCAAACAAGACAAGCUCAAAUCCCCUUUCAAGUUUUCCGACACCUCUGGGGGAAAGGCAAAAACUAGCGGAGGUGGCAGCAGGUACCUCCCACCUCACGAGGCUCUGCCCAGCAAGGAGGAGAAGAAGAGCCUGGCCAAAAACCUGGGCCUGUCACUGAAAACCACCAAGGAAGGUAAAAACAAAGUGGCUGCCAAAAUGAAGAAGAUGGAGGUGGGGUUAAAAGUCAAAAAUCAGCUCAAGGUUUCCCAUUCACCAGCAAUAUCUGAAGUUAGCAGCUACUCCUAUAGUAAGUAA